AGAGCAGAGUCUGUGGAAAAAUUAAAGAGCGGCUGCUGGUGACGGAGCACAGAUCAGGAAAUAAUCACGGUCAGACAUCACUGACAUGAUGUGGAAAACAACUAUCCUCCUCCUGCUGCUGCCUCAUCUGCUCUCCUCCACAGGCUCAGCAAACAGCAAACAUUUCAAUCACUCAGAAAUCAACGAGGAGGUUUCUGAUGCUCCCGCUAAAAGCCAGAAAGCAGCAGCAGGUGGAGCUAAAGGUUGGGACUCAUGCUCCAUACCGUGUGACAUCACUGUGAAACUGCUAAGAGAUGAGAAACAGUCAAUCUGUGGCCAGCUACAGCAGUCUCUGCUGGCGUUUGGACGCAGCACCAGGAAGCUGAUGAGGGAUGUGAUGGAGGAGCAGCAGAGAGCCCUGGACAUCCUCAGCAGUCAGGUAACAGAGCUGAUGACAAAAGUGCAGAUCCUGAGCGCUGAAGUUCAACGAAGCAACACUGAGAUGUACUCAGUCAAACCUGUGCAAUCCCACGGAAGAGACUGCAGUGAUAUCAAAGACAAUCUCAUGUCAGUCGUCCCAAAGAUCCCCAGUGGUAUUUACAUUGUCCACCCAGAGAACACAGACUCCUCAUUUGAGGUUUUCUGUGAGAUGGAUUAUAUGGGAGGUGGAUGGACCGUGAUUCAACGCAGGAUAGAUGGGCUGACUGACUUCAAACGACCCUGGGCUGAUUAUGCUGAUGGCUUUGGAAACCUUGCAGGAGAACACUGGUUGGGUUUGAAGAAGGUGUUUUACUUAGUAAACCAGAAGGAUACUCGCUUCCAGCUUCACAUUGCUCUGGUUUCCAGUGAUGAUGUCAUGUCUUAUGCUUCAUAUGAUGAUUUCCACGUGGACAGUGAAACCAAGUUCUUCAGCAUACACCUGGGCAGAUACGCAGGCAGCGCAGGUGAUGCAUUUCGAGGCUACGAUCAGGAUCAGAACCAGGACACAGCUCCAUUCAGCGCCUCAGAUGUGGACAACGACGGCUGUAACCCUUUCUGCUCCAUCGACAACCGCACAGUGGAGAGCUGCAGCGCUAAACAAAACCACACAGGAUGGUGGUUCAACCAGUGUGGCCUGGCAAACCUGAACGGCUCUCCUGAGGACUUAGAGCAGAACCAGGGCCAAAGGACACACAUCUUAUGGGACACCUGGAGACAGAAUGGGAUCCCUCACACAAUUAAAUCUGUUACAAUGAAAAUCAGGAGGAUUGCAACCAAUAACUGA